AUGGCCACAACAGUUGGUGGAUUCACGUUCGCGAACGGAUAUCGCCAAUCGGCAGACACGAACCCCUGGCAGGUCGAGAAUGGAGACAUCUGGGAUAAGGAGGAGCCGCACUACAGCGUUCCUCCCUCUGUUGAGCUGCUGACCUCGUCUGUUCAUAAUAACAUGGGACUGAAUUACCUGCGGACCUGGCCUACGAUAUACGAUGGGACUGCAUCCCCCCACGGUGUGCCCAGCUGGUGGAAGCCGAAAAAGAAGGUAGAUGUACUAAUAUGCGGAGCCGGCCCUACGGGCUUACAAAUCGCGGUCAGCUUGAUUCGCCAGGGACUGACGGUCCGCAUCAUCGACAAAGCAUCUGGCCCCUUGCUGGCCGGAAGAGCGGACGGUGUCCAGCCGCGAUUCCUGGAAACAUUAGGAACCUGGGGUCUUGCAGAAGAAGUUGCGGAAGAGGGCCCCUUGAUCGAGCGAACCGCCAUCUACAAGAACGGAAAGCCGUUACUUCAUUCUCGCUCCCACCAAUCAGACUCGAGAUACCGUGGGCUGCACGUUAUCACACAGGGUCAGAUUGAACGCAUCUACGUGCGAGACCUCUACCGACACAAGGUGCUUGUGGACCGUACCACUGUCCUGAAAGAGUACAAGGUUGAGGACAACCAGUUAGAAUCGUAUCCAGUCAAGGGCGUCAUCACCAACACCGCGACUGGUGAGGACGAGGUCGUUGAAGCCAAGUUCCUUGUUGGUUCAGAUGGAGGAGCGAGUUCCAUUCGGCGCAGUCUUGGGAUUCCAUUUGAUGGAGUGAGUACUGAUAUCUAUUGGGGUAUUAUGGACUGUGUUUUCGAGUCGGACUAUCCACAUGCGUGGAUUUUUGGAUCUGUUAUAAAUUCGAAGCAUGGCGGGUGUGUGAUUAUUCCUCGUGAGCAGGGAUAUAUUCGCCUCUAUACCCAGCUAGACGUCUCUAGUACUGGCCCCAUCGCACAAUCCAGACUUGCCAGAGACCUUAAUUUUCAGGAAUCCGGUGGUCGAGUGGACGUUCACUCCAUUACGGCCGAUGAAGUUCUGGAGCAAGCGAACCGUAUAUUUGCCCCAUACAAGCUAAAAUUUGCGGCACCAUUGAGCUGGUUUGCGGUCUGGAAGAUUAGCGAGCGCGUAGCUCGGUCAUUCUCCUCUGAGAACCUACGGGUCUACCUGGCCGGAGAUGCUGCUCACGUCCAUAGUGUGAUGGGCGCGUUUGGUCUUAACGCUUCCAUCCUCGACUCAGCCAAUCUCGCCUGGAAACUUGGUCUCUGCGCUUCUGGUGCAGCAGAUAUAAACUCCCUCAUGCCAACCUACGACCGCGAGCGCCGUCUCCACGCCGUCCGAAUCAUUGAAACAUCGGGUAAAUACCUUCGUUUCGUCUGCAACUCCGAACUCCCUAUUGCACAACUUUACGAAGCCGGCGCGGAUCUCGGAUUUGAUCCAUCUCGCAAUGCCCAAGCACCUAAAGCUAAGCACAACCGAGCAAGCAACGGAAAGGCAUCCGGCGAUCAUAGCAAACCGGAGACAUACGACCACGGACAUCAUAAUGGAGUGAAGCUUUCUGUCACUAGCAGGGACGGGACCAACGGCCACAAGGUCCACCUGAACGGUAAGCCGCAGUCCACCAGCGAAGAGGAGGAUGAGCGACAGCAGGACUUGCAGUUUCUCCGUACCUUCUUUCCUGAGUACGGUCAGUUCCUCUUAGGCACUGACUGCGAGUAUGGCACGUCUUGCAUCGUUCCACAGGGGUCUGCCGUCGGGACGAAGAAAAAGCCAACAGUGCUCCGUAAUGGAGUACGGGCCCCUAGCCCCCGCGUGUGCUUCAGCACGGGUUCAACCGGCUACCUAUACGAUAAAAUGCAGGGACCUAACCGGUUCCACGUUGUCGUCUUUGGAUCCGAUCUUCUCGGACCUGUGAGAGCACGACUUGCCGCCUUUUCUCUGGCUUUAGCGCGCGAGAGCCAUUUCUAUAAACGGUUCGGUGGAAGAUCGCGUUUUAACAUUCUCCUCGUCGCCAAAGGCGCACCCUUUGAACUGGAGGAGCGACUCCAGGGUGACGAUUUGUCUGCCCUCAAAGAGAGCGCCGUGGUUAUCUCAGAUGACCGCACACCAGAAGACGAUGCGCACUCUUGCUACGGUGUUGACCAUGUUACUGGUGCUGUGGUGGUUGUUCGACCGGAUCUGUGGGUCGGGAAGACGGCAGCUCCAGACCAGGUGGACGAGCUAGACAGUUACUUUUCGGCAUUCCUUAUUCCUGUUGAUAGACAUACAUGA